AUCAAAUAAAAAAAAAAUGACAUACGGUACUUCCUGCCUGAUCAACAUCAAGUGGACAUGUGUAUCUUGUUGGGAGUUUCAUGUCAAAUGUUUUUAGUUAGUCCAUUUCUUCUUUCCACUUACAGUCUUAUUCUGGCAAGCAUUUUCAAAGGGAGCAUGUGUCAUACAAUGUUGACACAUCAUUUAUGUUUUUUUUAUUAAUCAAAUUGAGCAGAAGUCACUAGAAAUUGCAUGAAACAGUUUCAUCAAAUAUAUUUGAGUUGAUAUUACCUUAUAAAUUUUUUACAACAGGGAAGGACUGACCAGUUUCAUAUGCUAUACUUCAAGCAAGAGAAUACAAAUUGUUUUUCUCUUGUUAGUCCACCAUACAUUUUAAUACGACACAAUGUCAUGGUCUAUGGUUGCCAUACUUCACAGGAUAAUUUUUUCUUGUCAUUAGAUGUCAAUUAUUGUUUUUUUAGGGUCAAAGGUCACAGUCACAUUGAUCUCAAGACUCAAAAAGCAGUGCAGAUCAAUAUCCAGAGAAUGCUUGGGCCUACAACUAUCAGAUAUGAUAAGCUGAUUGCUGUGGUCAGAUUUCCCCAAUCAGUUUCAGCGCCAGAAGGUCAGGGUCAGAUUUGCUGAAAAACUUUUAUUUUCCUCCAACCUACAUAAAAUAAUUACUGGUGGGCCAUAGUUUUGGGGUUUUCUGGUCAGGGGUCAGACUGAAAACUGCUUUUGAUAAAUUACAGAAGGCUUUGUAACAGGUCAAAAUCACAACUUACUGGAGUCUUAAAAUGACAUAUCCAGUUACCCUUGACAGGCAACCAGCAUGUAUGUAUGUGUUUUGCAGAUAACUCUUUUAUUCCUUAAUGUUUAUUCCAUUUUUAAGGCCCAAAGGGGCCUAAAGUAGUUCAAAUUCUCCAUUGCACAAAGAUGCACACUAAGGACUAAGAAUAAUGAAUACAAAAAAAAGUUUUUAUUCUAGAAACUCUUAGGUUCAACUCAAAUCUGUCUGUCUAAAUUUGGUAAACAAUUUAGGGCCAACUUGGUCUUCUUGUUAUAAAUGUCAUUCAAAUUUAAUCAGCAGAAUGCAUUUACUUGUACUUUGUAUAGUCAACUGCAGACAUGCUGUUAGAUGAACAUCUCUACAGAUGUUGGAAAAUAAUCUUCUCUGUUGGUUCAUACAGCUUUGCUUAGCCGGGCAAAUAUGCUUCAUUAAUGACAGAAAUUUGUGUGAAAAUUGGUUUCAUGAGAAGAAAUUUUAACUAAAAACUGGUUUUAACAACAGAUUUUUUUUUAAUCAAAACUGAAUUCAGUUAUUGAAUUUCUGGCUGAAAAUUGGGUUUUGAUGACAGAUUUUUUACUUCAAUUUGGGCUUAGCCAUAGCAGUUUUCUAGGAGUUCUUCCAAGCAUUAAUCUAGCAGUUCUUCUAAGCAUUAAUAAGCAGGAUUGGGAAAUUGUUAGAAAUUUGAAUAGAUUUUAGCCCAUUAGAAUUUGGCUAAUGCAAGUCAAAUAGUCUUAAUUCCUCAAAGAUAUAUAGAAGAUAUUUGUUUAUCUUAGGGUAAGAUUGAAACAUCUUUCAUUGAGUAAACACUAGGUUUAAAUAUUAUCAUGAGUGGCAUAAAAUAAUUGUUUGCAUUCAUUGUUUAAAGUCUGAAACUUACAUUUUAAGAUGAUAAAUAUUCUUUUUCCAUUGUCUUUCUUAAAUAAGCACAGAGAGUAAAGAAAUUUUGCAUGAAUAUUCUUUCUUAAGCUAGAGCAGCUCAGCAAAAUUUCAUUGGUAUAGAUAUGCUUUAAACAAAGUUUUGACAACUAGAAUAUUUUUCAUUCUUAAAUCUAAGUAUUAAGUUUCAGACUCUAGAUGUUGAUGAAUAUAGGCCCUAAUAUUCAAAAGUAAAUAAUAUUUUUAUCUUGCAUGUAAAAGACUCCGCAUUGUUUUCUGUUUUAUGCCUUAUCAUUGAUUUUUACCCAAUUGUUCUUUUUUUGGCCUGUCUGUAAAGAUAUUGAUAUUUUUCACAGAAAUUACCAGUUUUGACAUUUUUUAUACGCCCAAAGGGACGUAUUAUGUUAUACCCCCGGUGUCCAUCCGUCCAUUAGCAAUUUCGUGUCCGCUCUGUAACUCUUGAACCGCUUGAAGGACUUUAAAGAAACUUGACACAAAAGUUCACCACAUCGAUACAACGUGCAGAGCACAUGUUUUAGGUGUCUCGCUUCAAGGUCAAGGUCACACUUAAGGGUCAAAAGUCAUGAGGUCAUAUCAGUUUGUUUCUUGUCUGCUCUUUAACUCUUGAACGGCUUGAAGGAUUUUAAAGAAACUUGGCACAAAUGUUCCCCACACCAAGACGACGUGCAGAGCGCAUGUUUCGGGUGACUCGCUCAAGAUCAAGAUCACACUUAGGGGUCAAAGGUCAUUAUAUGACUUUGCUUUGUGUAUUGCUCUGCAUUGCAGUGCUCUUGUUUUUAUUUGGCAGAUCCCAUUUUUGUUCACUUACAAUAUUAUUUUUUUUAAUAUUUUGAAUUACUUCCCUUUUAUGUUACAAUAAAUAGCUUAUUUUAAAACUUUUUUAUUAUUGUCCGUAGGGAAAAGCGAGACCACUUUUCUGUAGUACAACAUGGAUGGUACCUCCAAUUUUUAGGUGUAUUUUGACAUAUCUGUACCUGGUAAGGAUUUUUUUAUGGACUUAGAAUUUUUUUUGGAAUUUCUUCCCUUUGUUGUUCCUGUCUUUUGGGCUUCAACAGUCAAGUUCUUUAAAUUUCGCUCCCAUCCUCUGAUGUAACUCUUCAGGCGUAUAUUGCCCUGCUUGGCGGAGCUCUUGUUCACUGUAAAAUUACUACAUAUAUUUCACAGUUGUAUUUGAGUACCGGUAAUUCCCCUUUCUGAAAAUUACCAUCCUUUCUCAGUACUUAGAAACAGAAACUGAUUGUUUGAAUACAAUUUACUAUGAUAAACUCCUAAUGAUUGUUACAUAUGUAUGCUAAGAAAUCAUUGACCUUUGUGAGGGACUAAAUUUUUUGGAUUUCUUGGUUUAUUCAAAUCAAGAUUUCGCCAAAUCAUUGUUGAAGUUUGAAAUCUGUGACUUCCUGUCCCUACAACAGGCUUGUCAAAAUAUUUGCCUAGCUGGUAUUAAAGCCUAACAAAUACCCUUAAAAUCAGCUUAUGGGGGCAAAAACUGGCAAUAGGAAAAAAAAAGAUAACUGGGAAUUAUUCAUUAAUCAAAAUACAUUGGGAACUUCGUUUUCUCUACAGGAAUUCAUGAGAAUACAGAACAUGGCUUUUAUUUGCACAUCAUGGUGGAUUUUGCAGAAACUACGAACUUGUAUGCUCACAAAAUGAAAUGAUUUCACUGCAUACUGAAUUGCAAUUAAACAUAAAUGUAGAGAAUGGAUGACCAGUGAUAAAAUUACAUGAGGAUUCUAAUUGCUCAUUUCCUGUAGCUCUUAGAAAAGAUUGAAUCAUAUGAUUGUUUUCUAGCCUACAGUAAAAGAUCAAGUAUAAAUUUGAAACAUCAAUUGUUACCCAAUUUUAUUCUCAUUACUAAUUUUUUUGUUUCAUUUUCUUACUGCUUUUUGUAGAAUGGUUAUGAGUAUUUCUUUGUGUUCAGAAUUGAAAUUAAAAUGUUAAACAAACACAGUCUCUUUUAUGUUGUGUCUUUGCAAAAUUCUAUAAAGGAAAUAUUUUCUGUCUAAGAAAAAAAAAGAAAUGUGGUUAUAUAAGCAAUUUUUGUUCUGUUAGUGCUAAAGAAUAAUUUUGCUUAUUUAAACAAUUUUUUUAAAUAUGUGUAAAAUGUCACAUAUCUGAAAAAGAAAACAAGAUGAUAUAUGGAACUAAAUCAGCAAAUUAGUUUUGAUAUACUGUUAAAUCAUUCAAUUAUUUUGGCACAAAAAUUUGAGGGUUUUUUCUUUCUUUUGCAUUUAAAGAACAGUCUUUUUUUCCGUGAGAAUACAAAUUUGAGGAUUUUAAAAGAUAAAUUCAAUGAGAAUUUUGUUACUUUGUAGAGGAUUUAAUAUGACAGAUUUAUAUGACCACACAAUCCGUGAAAAUCAGUUUACCACAUAUAUUGAUGAUUUUGCAGUACAUCUGGAAUUUUGCUUCUAGUUGGUAAAUCAGAUAAAAUUUAUGAAACUAGAGACAAGAAAUCAAAGAAACACAAUGAGCAUUUUACUGCAGAUUCUACUGUUCUGUUGGAUGUUAGACCAGUCAGUGCUUGCUGAAGACUCUGAAUAUAAUGUAAUCACUUUGGCAGCUAAUUGGACAACAGCUGAGCAUAUAUGUGGACUAAAUCAGAGACUUCUCCUUCCAGACCUGGGUUUGGAGGAUUUAAAAAUGUUUGAGAUAUUUAGUAGAUUUGAUGCUGAGGAGCUGAUAUGGAUAAAUGCAAAAAAUGUGGAGAUUGUUUAUUCAAGUUCUUCUGCCUACCUCAAGUUUGCCUAUCAACCUGCAGAUUUCAAGUUGACCUCAUACCUUUGUCAUAAUGCACUAUCCGGAGAAACAAAGAGAAACAGUAGUACACUUUUGUCUUGGAAGGAGGCCCAGAAAGUAUGUAAUAGUUCUGCUAAAUGGACCCUGUACAAUGUGUCCACACCUCGACAAGCCAAGGGCACAGUCUCCCUGCUGAAAAAGGAUGUCACUUUUUGGGUGGAUAAAACAUCGAAUCAUAAGAUUCCAAAUAUGGUUAACCUAAAUAUGAAAGAGGAGUGUAUAGGUGUUAUGAAGCUACCAGAUGGUACCUUGGAAUACAGGAGGGACAACUGCACAAACAAACAUAAAUAUGUCUGUGUUUCUUCUGUUGAAGCAUUUGCACCUACCAUUACAAAAAUGACUCAGCCAUUUCCAUUUUUCUCGGAGGAACCUGAGCCGGAAAGUGGAAACACUACUGUUGGAACCAUGCAAAAAAUUGUGGAGGGUUCGGGUAAGUCCAAGAUGAGUGGGUCAAAGAUAGGUGGUAUAGUUGGAGGUACUUUGGGCGGAGUCUUGGUGAUAGUGGUUGCUGUUGGCAUUCUCUACUAUGUACGAAGGAGAUGGCGUAGCAGACGAGACUACCUUAGAAGCUUACAUAGAUAUACACAGAGGCAUGCAAGUUCAAGAACGUUGUUGGAAAAAACAGUGUCUGGGCCACUACCUAUGAACAGCUGUUAUACAAACAAUGAGUCUGUUCACAUAAACAAUCCUGAAGAAUAUGAGAAACUGAAAAAGGCAUUAAAAAUAGAGGAAUGUGAAAAACGACAGUAUGCCCAGUGUCAGAAUGAUGUUGUACGAGACAUAAAGACACGCUAUGCGAAAUACCCAUCCCCACAUGACAGUGCAGCCCUGAACAAAUUACCAGCCUAUCAUUCAAUGGAUGGCAAAAAUAAACUACAGGUAUUGGAAGCAUAUGAAACGUAUGACCCUGACUUUGGCCGUCUUCAACAAGCUCACGGCUACGUGAACAAACAGAACCAGCCUCAACUUUCUGACCUGGAGCAGUAUGACAACAUUCCGAAACUUCCUGAAAAGAAAGGGAAAACCAGUGCUCUUGAUGACCUUGAACAAUAUGAGAACCAGUCUGCAGGAAAAAAGAGAAUUGUGGGUAAAAAUGGGGAACAAAAGCAUCUGGGUGAUACUGACCGGAAAACAGUCAGUAGUCUAGAUGAAUUGGAGCAGUAUGAAAAUUACCAAGUGCCAAAGAGGGAAAAAGGGCUCUUCAGAUUAUUCAAAACAGAGAAGGCAAAUCAGGCCAAAAAAGCAUCAGAGGAAGCCAAAAGAAAAGCUACACCAACUACACUGCAAGAUUUGGAAGAUUAUGAAAACUACGAGUCUCAAGAGACUGCCAGGAAAGAGGUCAAACAACUGGAUGACUUAGAUGCUUAUGAAAAUUAUGCCGUAAAAAAGAUUUAAACUUUAAAAGCUUUCCAUUUACAGUUUGUAAUUAUACGUUUUUUCCUUCUUGCACCGCUUUAAAGUGGAAGGUCUUCACUUUUAAGAAUUGACCAAAAGUUCUGACUGUAAAAUCUAAUUUUAUAUUUACAUGUAGAUAAGGAACAGCAUGUUUUGUACAUUAUACUAAGGUAAGGGUGAAGGAGAACACCAUCACAUAAUAGAAAUUAGAUUAUAGAUAUAUAGUAUGACAUCCCCAUGAUGAGGUGAACUGUGCAGUUAUUUCCAUGUUUCUACACCCCACCAGUAGGUGUUGAAAAAAUUAAUAUACUUCAAUGAACAGGUUUAUAGUUCAGCUUAGCUAGAAGGGCUUGUGGUGAGCUUUUAGGAACAUUGGGUUCUGUUGUUGUCAAGUUUCCUUUAACAACGUCAUCUCAGAGCCAAUUUUAAUUUCAGAAGAAUGUUUCUUAGGCGGUUCUUCAGAUCUCGGUUAUCUGGUACUAUACUGGUUGCCAUGGCAACUGGAAGAAAAAAGUAAGAUAUCUUUGUCUCAGAACCUGCUUGCCACAUUCGUAAGUAACAUCACAAAUAAACUCUGGAUUUGUCAAAAACAUGGCCUCUAAGGCCAAAGCUAAAUUUCUCUAUAUGUCUAUUUUGAAAACUUUGAAUAUCUGGCCAGAGAUAUAAUUGAUUUCAUUGUAAAGUACUUUGUAUGAAACUCCAACAAAGUCUUCAGAUAUGUAAAUAUCUUAGCCUAUAGGGGAAAAGGCAGGUUUUUUGAAUAUUAGGUAUUGUUGAAACUUUCGAGUCUUUUCUUCUGGAUCUGAUGGCCUGAUUUCAAAAUAAUUACACAGAAGUGUCUCUUAGAUGACCCUCUACCAAGAUUGUUCUGCAAAAAGAAAUGACAUCCAGUGGAUAUAGUCACUUUUUCCUGUUUGUAUAUACUUUGUGCUUGGAACUUCAAAAAUCCUCCCAUCAGAAACUGUUUGCCCAAUUUGAAAUAAUUGUGGAAUAAUUUUACAGAACUAUUUACUUUGGUCCUUCAGUUUUUCUGAUUUAUCAAAAAAUAUUGCUCCAUUAGCAAAAUAUAAAAGAUAACUAUCAAACAACAUCUUCUCAAGAAAUUUUCAGUAGAUGAGCCUCUACCAAGAAUGUUCAAGCCAUUUUGAUUCUUAAGAACAAAAGACCUGGAUAAAACGGAAUAUCUUCUCUGAAUCUACAGGCAUACCUUAAAAAUUUGGCAGAAAUGUUCCUUGGAUGACAUUCAAUCUUUCUGUGCUAUUGAACUCAUAUGAGUUGCCUACAGGUAUCUCAGCCCUCUUGUUUAGUGUGUAAACUUGUACAUUUCUUUUUGUAUCCAUUUCUUUUAUUGCUGUUAAACCUUGUUGUAAAAAUUCAGUUUUCAGUGUAUGUGUUUAUAGAUUUCUGUCCAAUUCAAGUAUGUUUGUAACAUCAUAUUAUUCUAUUCCUUUAUCAAUAAAAUUAAUAUCCUACAAUAAAAGCAUGUAUUUUCUUAUU